GUCAACACCACUUUCGCUCCCAAUAGGGCCAAUACGCGCUAUCCUGCGCACGCCCCCGCUUUUUUUUGCGCACCCUUCGCCGGCUUCCGACUUCACUUCUUCAGAUCUCCCCUCUCUACUCCAGUGGUCUCCCGAGCGGCCUCCUUCGUUUCUCUUGCGCUUGCGAUUUCCGGGGUCGAAUUCCAGGGGAGGUCCAUUUGGUGAGUGAAGAAAACCAUGAGCUGCUUUAGCUGUUGUGAAGAUGAUGAUAUUCAUAAAGCUCCAGAUAGUGGAGGCAUGUACCCGAUGAAGAGCUCAACAGGAAAUGAUGGGGCAUAUCAUGCCUCUGAAUCUGCACCAAAAGGUGCACAAGCGGUAAAAGUUCAGCCCAUUGAAGUCCCUGCUAUUCCAGUGGAUGAACUUAAGGAAAUCACUGAUAACUUUGGGACAACUGCUUUGAUUGGGGAGGGAUCAUAUGGCAGAGUGUACUAUGGGGUUCUAAAGAGUGGGCAGGCUGCAGCUAUUAAGAAGUUGGAUGCAAGCAAGCAACCUGAUGAUGAAUUUUUAGCCCAGGUUUCCAUGGUGUCGAGAUUGAAAGAUGAAAAUUUUGUUGAAUUGCUUGGUUAUUGUGUUGAUGGAAGUUCCCGAGUUCUCGCUUACGAGUUUGCAUCUAAUGGUUCGCUCCAUGAUAUUCUCCAUGGUAGAAAAGGAGUUAAAGGGGCACAGCCUGGUCCUGUUCUUUCUUGGGCACAGCGGGUAAAGAUUGCAGUAGGGGCUGCUAAAGGACUUGAGUAUCUGCAUGAAAAAGCAGAACCUAGAGUAAUUCAUCGUGAUAUUAAGUCCAGCAACGUCUUAAUAUUUGAUGAUGAUGUUGCAAAGAUAGCUGAUUUUGAUUUGUCCAACCAAGCUCCUGAUAUGGCAGCCCGUCUCCAUUCAACUCGUGUUCUUGGCACCUUCGGUUAUCAUGCUCCUGAAUAUGCAAUGACUGGACAGCUAAAUGCCAAGAGUGACGUAUAUAGUUUUGGUGUUGUUCUGCUGGAGCUUCUGACUGGGCGGAAACCUGUGGAUCAUACAUUACCACGGGGGCAGCAGAGUCUUGUUACAUGGGCUACACCUAAGCUGAGUGAAGACAAAGUUAGGCAGUGUGUAGAUGCAAGACUUGGAGGAGAAUACCCUGCGAAGGCAGUCGCAAAGCUGGCUGCUGUCGCCGCCUUAUGUGUGCAGUAUGAGGCUGAUUUUAGGCCAAACAUGAGCAUUGUUGUGAAGGCAUUACAGCCUCUUUUGAAUGCACGGCCAGGACCAGCGGGGGAGGCACGAACCUUGUAAUUUUCUCUCCGUCUCUCUGUGUGAGCGUGCAUGGAAAAAUGUAACGAACGGAUUUGUAGAUGGUGUUCCUAUAUGGGUUUUUUGUGAAUUUGUGUAUGGAUCCCUCAUUGGGAACAUUCUAUUUAUUAAUAGUGUGAGGAUAUGACAAAUGUUCUCUUCGUAAUAA